UUCAGAAAAGCAUCUAUGCAUUCAUUCCAUACUGAAUGCAGCAAGUUAAAGUUUUAGGCAAGCAUCUAAUGUUCAGUCUAGCUAUAGAUAAACUACAACACAGCAUGUUAGAAAAGGGGUGCCGGUCACAACAAUAUAAAGUUGAUCCAUCAAAAUGUUAGUUGUUUAAUGAAAAAGGACAAAGAAAAAGAAAGCAUCCAGUUUUAGCUGUUUUUGUCUCACUUCAGUUAUUCAGUAGCUCUCACAGAAGGAAUAGCUCCGGCAUCAGCAAUCUUAAUGGCGUGUUAUUUCCUUACCACAGGAAAUGAGUAAGCGUUGCUCGAUAAGUUUGUACUCCACCAGAGACAGUGUUCGGCAGAGAAUUAUCACUCCCCUGCAGAUUGAUGAGACGAGACGUGAUUUUUGUUCUCAGAAAUUAGUUUGUCUAUCUUAAGCAUUCUGCACAGGCAGUACACAGGAAAAGACCUUCAAAAUGUGGAACACAAGAAAAAUGCUUUUAGCCUCAAUUGUUUUCACAGCUCUCUUCUACAAAGCAGAGAGCGCCAAAGUGAUGGACAUGGCCCCAGAUGCCGUAGAUGACAUGUACAAUGGAUGCCGUAAUGAAGCCUUGGAGAAGUUUGUCCACUCAGGGCUCUUAAAACAGGAACUAAACAGCAGUAAGGAAUUCCAGGAAGCAUGGACUAGAAAUACUGCAUGUUCAAAACUGAUCCCUGGAGGAACAAAAGAACAUAUGGCUGCACUUUUGGCAUAUUAUGUUGAAGAGAAUCAAGAUUUUUCCAAGACUUUUGACAAUGCAGUACAGACAACUGGCGGAAAUGUUAGUACCUAUGAAAACCAGUUCCAUUACAAGUCACUUCACUUCCUGCUCAUGGAUUCAAUGUGGCUGCUGGAGCAAAAGGAGUGUAAGACUGUGUAUGUUGUCCAAGAGGAUUACACAGCAAAAGAGGGCUCAAAGGUGAGAUUUGGAAAAUUCACCAAAGUUUGGUCAAGUUACCGCUCUAUGCAAAACAUGGUAGAUUUCGACGGGCAAUUCGUCUUCAAUAUCACUUCUUGCUACUUUAUCAACCCGGGAGCCAACAUUUGCACAGCAGACCAGGACAUGGUCCUCUUAUCUCCAACUGAAGAGUUUACUGUUGAGGCAGUAAAUAAACUAAAGGAUAGCAUCAAUGAAUCUGAAUACACUGGAAUCGUUUUGAAACACUCAUCACUGAACAGCACCCACAACUGUUACAUUCUGUCACGAUCUCCAGCUGAUGUCUCCAGCCAGUGGCUUGUGUUGAUGCUUGUGAUUUUGUCUCUUUUUUUCUUUAACUAGACGGAUGAAAAAGUAAUCAGCAACUCAGAUUGCAUCGGGAAUGACUAAAACACAAAAUGCUGCUUUGUUUGUAGCCGAACAACGGACCAUGUGUGUGUCUGGAAUGCUGACAAUUAAGGUGUGGCCGGCUUUUGUAGACACAGUAAUUUCAUUGUUUUUUUAAUUACUUCCAAAACAUUUUCUUCACGCGUAUCAGCAGAAGUAUAUACUGAUAUUAACACUUAUCUGAUAAGACCGCUGUGAUUUAUUUUUCGUAGUUAUUAUAUAUGGAUAUUUUAAAUGUUUGGGAGUGUGUGCAGUAGAGAGAGGGAGGAGGGCUUUACGAUGAGUCGAGCUUUAUAUAAACAUAUAUACUGGUUAAAUUACUCUUCUAUUGUCUCUUUUUACAGCCGUUUAUACGUACAUUCACCUUUGAGAAUCUUUGCAUGUGACAACUACACUAACAGUAGUUUGCAAACAGUGAAUUAUCUGCGUCCUGACGUAAAACAGUGAAUUGUCUUCAUUUGUAAUUCUUGCAGAGACACGCAACUGCAUGACCGUAAAUUACAUUAUGUGGUGAUUAUUUACAAUACAUGCUUUUGAAAGUAAUAAAAAUAUAUUUUGUAAAUUAAA